UCCACCUCUGUGUGCGAUGUGGAGCAACAUGCUUGUAUAAAGUUCCCGAUGCAAGGCAAUCGGUUUGACGUUCGAAGAUGCGCUCAUCAUUAAGACUUUUCCUUCUCUUACUGUGGGGGUGUGUGGAAGAUUCUUUAACCCAAAAAGGUUCCUCAGUUUGUCAAAUGCCACCUGACCUGGAAGGUGGGGUAACCAAGCAUGAUGUCAGGUUGGUGUACAGCCACAAUGAACAAGUUGAAUACAUGUGUCAAGAACACCACAUCAUGGAGGGGGGGGCCUACAAGACCUGCGUCAAUGGCGAAUGGACUGGAGAGAUGAGAUGCUUCAAACCAUGCAUUGUGACAACCGAAUCUAUGAGCAACCACAAUAUUGGAUUUCGAUUCGGUCGUCAUGACAAGUUGUAUUCACACCACAAUGACGCUAUCCAGUUCAGAUGUACCACAGGGACAAAGCACAGCGGCACUGUAGGUCUGCGACAAAGAUGUACAGACGGAACACUUCUACUGCCCACUUGCCUGUAAAGCAGGGGUGGGCAAACUACGGCCCGGGGUGCCACAUGCGGCCCACCAAGCGUUUCAAUCCGGCCCGCAAGUUGCUAUUUCAACUUUUAACAUACAAACUGGCAACAUGACUUGCAAGUCGGAUGCCUUAUUUAGUAAAAAACAACAUUCAUUCAUUUUCUACCACUUGUCCUCACGAGGGUCACGUGGGUGCUGGAGCCUAUCCCAGCUGGUUGCCAGCCAAUCACAGGACACAUAUAGACAAACAACGAUUCACACUCACAUUCAUACCUAUGGACAAUUUGGAGUCGCCAAUUAACCUAGCAUGUUUUUGGAAUGUGGGAGGAAACCGGAGUCCCAGGGGAAAAUCCACGCACGGGGAAGAACAUGCCAACUCCAUUUCUGUGUGGAGUGGAGGGUGAGAUUGAACUCGGGUCUCCUAGCUGUGAGGUCUGUGUGCUAACCACUUGACCGCCGUACAGCUCGUAAAAAAAACAACAAAAACUGUAAAAUUAAAUGACAUAGUUUGAUGUGGUCUGAUGUUUAAAGUGCUCCCGAAAAAAGGGACAUGAGAACAUAUAGCUGAUGGUAUAACAAUUUUACAUAUAAAAUGAGACACAUAAUUCAAGGAAAAUUUUCAGCAUAAACUAGUGUGUGUCUGUGUGUGUUAAAUAUAUAUUCUGGCCCCCCGGACAAUUUUGUUAACUCAAUGCGGCCCACCCCUGCUAUAAAGCUUCCAAGUGUUGACUGUACUUCAAGCCACUGUCAAUGUAAUUACUGCAUUGUGUAUUACUUUGAUAAAGAUGUCUUCACAAUAAAAGCAUGUUAUGCAAUGAUGCAAUGCAACAUG